CCACCUUCCCUACAAAUCCAACAAAUCUCAUUGUCUUUCUCUUCGCCUGGUUUAAUUUUCGUACCGGCCAUUUCUUGUCUUUUCCAAUCUUUUCUUCAUUCUUCUAGCUAGCCCUUCUUUACUGUCUCUAAUUAUAUUUUUUACAGAGAAGUAGUACAAUAUAUACUUAGAAACUUAUCAUAAUAUCAGAUCGGAUCAUAUAACAAGAUCGAGGAGAGCAAAUUAUAUUAAACCUCUUUCUAAAGUAGAACAAAUAUAAGAUUAUUCUCAGACUCGGAUUAAUAUAUAAAGACCAUGGAAAACUCCUCAUCUGCAUCGUAUAUCCACCUGGUGCACCGUUUGAUAGAGGAGUGUAUCCUCUUCAACAUGAGCAGAGAAGAGUGUAUGGAAGCUCUUUCCAAACAUGCAAAUAUUCAGCCCGUUAUUACCUCCACCGUGUGGAAGGAGUUGGAGAAAGAGAAUAAGGAGUUCUUCGAGGCAUACUCAAAUAGCAGAGCCCAGAGAGCAGCUUCAGAGCAAGACACAAGGCAAAUGAUUCGCGACAUACUCUCAGAUCCUUCCAAACAACGAGUUUAGCUUUUGGACGCAAACAAGGUAAGUAGGUAACUGAGGUCACCAAUUGAGGUUUGUUUUGAAUUGACAUUAGAGUGGAAUGGUGAAGGAGCAAGCUGGCGGGGACAAAACGACGCGGGAGAAGGGAACAGAACGGCGUCGUAUUAAUAAUGGACGGUACAAAUGUCUCUCUUUGAUUUGUCUUAAUAUGUGCAAUUAGUUGAAGUCAACACAGCACUUCUACACACUACAGUGACUGGGAGAGCGUGACGUGGAUGCACGUGUCAAAUAAUUAAUGGUAAAGAGAAUGUGUAAGACUCAUGAGUCCAUAUGUACAUCUAGAUUAUCAUAUUAUAUGAAAUGUAUUAGCAUUUCCCAUCAUUUACAUUUAAUGUUUUAGAUAUUUGAACUAUAUCUAUAACACCAUAACCUCUAUUUUUUUCUUGCUUAGAGAAAUAAUAAUAGAUAGGUUAGUCCCUUGGGAAACAUACUAUAAUAUUUCUAGUAAUUGGAUACGUGCCUUUUGUGCUGUGCAAUGUUGUUAAUUGUUCCAUUGGUGACUGGUGAGGUGAGGUCGGAUAUAUGAUGUAACGUAGAUUUGUGGAUGCCUUUAUAUAGGUGGUGGCAUUGUGCAAUUCGUAUUUGACAACGUAGGUAGUACGUACAUGUAUGUGGUGGGGUUUUGAGGUUGUGUUUUGUGCUUAUUGUAUUUAUACAGUCGCUGUAGCAGAGUCGCUUUCCACCAGUUUUAUAAAGAAAAGAGGAAAAUGGUUAGGA